GUAGAGGCUGAGCUGGAACGAAUGGAAACUAUAGAGUAUUGGAUUGCUAGAGCGGAUUUUGGAGAAGUGUACAGGAACCUCCUCUUCCGGCUCACCCAGGGGAGGGUGAUGGUGCUGGCGGAGCCUCUUGUGCUGUUUGGAGGGUCGAAGCGGCUCCUGCGAGGUAAUCCUUAACUUACGAUCAUAAUCGAGGGCCAAAAUUUCUCUUGCAGAUGAAAGACAAAGGAGAGAAUAACAAGAACAAAGUUUUGAGCUGGAAAACAUAAAGAGUAUGUGGAACUGAAGCAAACAUUUCCUAAGAUGUCAAGGGGGAGAAUAUAGGAAUAACGAAAAAGUGGAAAUAACUGGAAGUUAGUGGGAAGGAAAAGUUUCCUUGGACAGCCAAAAUGGUGAGAAACAAGAGGACUUGCACUGGAAAGAAACUCUUAGAAUGUUCGGAUUGUGGGGAAAGUUUCACUUGGAAUUAUGAUCUGAUGAUCCACAAAAGGACUCACACAGGAGAGAAACUAUAUGAGUGUCCAGAUUGUGGGAAAAGUUUCAGUCAGAAGUCCAACCUGGUGAAACAUCAGAGGACUCACACAGGAGAGAAACCAUAUGAGUGUCAUGAUUGUGAGAAAAGUUUUAGUUUCAAUUGCCACCUGGUGAGACACCAGAGGACUCACACAGGAGAAAAACCUUAUGAGUGUCUCGAAUGUGGGAAAAGUUUUAGUUGGAAUCACAAUUUGGUGACACACUGGAGGACUCACACAGGAAUAAAACCAUAUGAGUGUCCGGAUUGUGGGAAAAAGUUUCAGUCAGAAUUUCCAACUGGUGAGACAUCAGAGGACUCACACAGGAGAAAAACCAUAUGAGUGUUCGGAUUGUGGGAAUGUUUUA